AUGGGUCACUAUGUAGCUCGCAAUGCCUUUGCUGCCAUCUUUACAGCGCGGUCAGGCGCUGCGUCGACUGCGACUCUCAGCACCAGCCAGCUAUGGCGCGUCGCUGGAGCACCUGCCAAAUCUGCUGCCCAUUCUCUAAUGCGAUGUUAUAGCACCUCGCUCGAGAACAGACAUCCUAUCGGUCUCGGUUAUACUAUUCCUUGCACAACAGCAUCGCGCAAUAUCGCUCGAGAAUGUGCGCAAGCGCUGAAGCGACACUCUCACACGUCCCGUAACAACUUUCCCUCGACCCUACGGCAUCGACACUUGGAGGACUCGUUCCAGAAGUCUACCUACAGGUCCAAAAGUGAUAAUGCCCACCCCAACCUCGAGAAGAAUAAGGACAAUCAAGACAAGAUGCAGGAACAGCCGUCAUCCGUAAAACCCCAAGAUGCCCCCAACACAACCCACCACCACUACCAUCUCAUGGAUCGCCUACCGCACUUGCAUCGUCCGACGAAAGAUGAGCUGCUAGCCGCAGCUACAAGUUUCUGGCAGAGACUCGGUAUCCGCUUCAAGUGGUUCUCUAUCAGAAGUGCCCGUCCUUUCAACACCGAUGACAUUAGUGCUUUUGUAUCAUGGAUUGUGUUUGGUCAUAUCCUCUGGAUCGUACUUGGUACCACUACCUUCGUCUCGCUCGCCAUCUUCUUCAUGAACACCGUCUUUGCCCAGGAGACUCUUGCUGGUUGGGUCGGCAACUACUUGACUCAGUCCUCUGGUGUUAAGGUCGUCUUCGAAUCUGCCAUCGUGCCGCGCUGGAAUGAUGGUGUCAUCUCAUUCAAGAACGUCUUCGUGUCGCGGCGUCCAGGUCAGGGAAGUUCAAAUGUCACAAAGGGCUCUUCUGCAAGUGCUGCCGCCGCCGCAGCUGCUGCCUCUGCAGGCAAGCCCGACCGCAAGGAUCAGAAAGAUGAGGACACCAAUUAUACACAAUACGACGUCUCGAUAGACACAGUCAACGUCACUCUGUCCUUUACUAAGUGGUUCAACGGUAAGGGUCUGCUGAGGGAUGUCGAGAUCAAGGGCGUACGAGGAGUAGUCGAUCGUACGUCAAUAUUGCCUGGCGAUCCGACAAUCGACCCAAAGUCGUAUCGACACGAACACACAACCGGAGACUUUGAGAUUGACUCUUUCAAGGUGUCGGAUGUUCUUCUGACUGUCUACCAACCAAAUGGUUUCCGUCCAUUUUCAGUAUCUAUAUUCUCAUGCGACCUUCCUCGCUUCCGCAAGCAAUGGCUGUUUUAUGACUUGAUGUCUGCCAACAUGAUUUCUGGCUCUUUCGACGACUCUUUGUUUACAAUUCAUCCUCGUCAAACACACAGCCACACCGGAUUGAGCAUCAAUGAGGAAGAUGGCGAUCACUCUGUCUGGAAGAAGCACAGUCGUCUACGCAUUGAUGGAUUGAAUAUCGAUCAUUUGAACAGAGGUGUCGAAGGCCCUUUCUCUUGGAUCCACGAGGGAAAUGUCGACAUCGUGGCAGACAUCAUGUUCCCAGCAGACCAAGAGGGCUCAAUCGCCAAGGUCAUGUCUGACUUUUAUGAUCGCAUGGAAGCGACGGUGGCGCACAACUAUCUCCAUACCACACAUCAACACGACACUAGUGAUCAUCACGAUGAACGAGAAACACCAGAUGAGAACGAGGAGGACAAACGCUUCAUCGUCAUGGACCUUCGUGUGCACUUGAACGAUGUCCGUGCUGCUGUGCCCAUCUUUACCAGAGACCUGUCAUACGUCAACAACGCACUCAUCCGUCCCAUUGUGGCGUAUAUCAACUCGAAGCGAACAUUCAUACCCAUCAACUGUCGCGUGGUCAAGCGAGUGAGCGAAUUCGACGGAAGUUGGACAGUGUUCGACAGCGGACUGCUAGACGAUCUAUCGAGAGAGGUGAGUAAACAUGUGAAACUGUGUAUCAGAUUCAAGCUAACAUGCUACAGANCAUAUGAAGCCUUUGCCCGCGAUAUUGUUGACGACGGAGCUCGCACUCGACGACUGAAAAAGGUUGGUCUCUGGACCAUUCAAUUGGCGGCACAAGCUCUAUUCAUUGGACUCGCUGGCCAGCUUGUAUAA